CAAGCAUUUAGCAAGAGAAAACUCAAAACUAGCUAGCAGCUGUAGACGCCCAAAAACACGAUCGAUCCAAGGCCUCCAAGACGUACUGAACAUGGCGAAGGCGAUGAAUAAACCUGUGCCUGCACUUUCACGGCCACCACCGGCACCCGGUCCCUAUGAUGAUCGAUGCCCAGGCCCAGCGUAUCCUGCGCCGCCGGAGUCCGGGAAAAAGGCGCCGUCGCCGUCUGCAGCAGGCAAAGGGUUGAACGCUUCCGUGCCCACCCGCGGGAACAAACCUGAUGAAGCUCGUGGUGGGGGUCAGACCAAAAAGCGAUAGCGCGCAUAUCUAAGUGGUGAUGCAUGCAUGAUCGUCUACGCAUGCAUAGGCCUUGGCCAAGAAAACCAUCACACGGUUCAAUUCGUCUGUCAAUUACUACCGCGUAUUAUAUAUUCCCUGUUGAGAAAAUUUAUGUGUGUAUGAAGUGUGUAACCAGCAAAAGUAGAUCACAGACGUAGCUACAAAUUCCAAUCAAGUAGGAGUAUUUCAUUUGUUCAUGUAUGUUAAUAUUUUUCUAUAACACAUAUGUACAUAUAACAUGUAAAUAUAUGAAUUGUUCAAUUGUAUUGAAUAAAUAUUCGAUCUAUCCGGUGUUUAUUUUCUUACUCAACACGCAUGCGCGUUAACGAACUUCAGUCCAAAGACGCAUGCAGUGCUUGGAUACUUCCAACUGAAUACGUACG